UGCAUGUUGCACAACUUGGCGAGGCGGUCAAGGCGGCGGUCCCAUGGAGAACUACAACAUCUACGACGAGAUCGGGCGCGGACAGCACUCAUAUGUGUACAAGGCGCGCCGGAAGCGCAGCAUUGAGUACAUGGCCGUGAAGAGCACGGCGAAGGAUCGAAUGAACAAGAUCCUGAACGAGGUGCAGUUCCUGCGCACUUUUAGCAGCCCGUACGUGCUCAAGUUCCACAACUGGUACGAGUCGUCCAACCACAUUUGGAUCAUCUUUGAGUUCUGCAUUGGCGGCGAUCUCUUGAACCUCAUCACCCAAGACAAGACGCUUCCAGAAUCGACCAUUAAAAGCUUUGGGUACGACAUGUUGAUGGGGCUGCAGUACCUGCACUCGAAUGGCGUGAUCUACUGCGACUUGAAACCCGCGAACGUCCUCAUCGACGAGUACGGCGGACUCAAAGUAACGAUGCACCGUCAUACAAUUCACCACCACCACCACCUCCUCCAACCAUCGUCCCAUGAUCAUCAAUAUGUACAUAGCUGUCGGACCUUGGCUUGGCACGCAAAAUCCCAACCGACGAAAGCGUUCUGAAAGUCGACAAACUGGCCCCGGGGUCGCCCCAUUACAUGGCCCCGGAAUUGUUUGAGCAGCACCCCGUGCAUAGCUUCGCGUCCGACUUUUGGGCUCUCGGGUGUGUCCUGUACGAGCUGCGCACGGGGUCCCAGCCGUUCUCGAGCGUCGGGGGGUUUAUGGACCUGAGAAGCAUGAUUCAAACAAAGGCCGUGGCAAUCCCGCCCCCAGCACAUGUCGACAUGUCGCGUGACUUGUGCGAUUUGCUCCAUCGCCUGCUAGUAAAAGACCCCGCCCAGCGAAUCUCAUGGGAUGACAUUCUGGGGCAUCCGUUUUGGGAUAAGACUAGUCAUAAGACCAGCAGCAGUCCCCUGCCAGCGUUUCCACCGCAACCAUUGUUUAUGAAACGAUACCCUACGCGACUACCUCAAUCCAGUCCUAUCUGUGAUCAAGACCAGUCGCCCCAAGUAUCGCAAGAUAGCAACAGUACGUGCUCGAAUGACGACGGGGGCGAUAGUAUGAUCCGGACGCGGCCGGCCACUGCGCCGCCUCUUGCCCGCCAACCCGACCUUCCACCGCCCAACAACGAUGGGACGUCCGCGCGACAUCCCGACAAGCAGCAGCAGCUGUCCCCCCUACCGCCGCCCAAGACGGCGCCACCACCCCAUCGCAACUUGGCACGUCCACACCAACCAGUCAAGCUGUCGACACCCAAACCCGCCCCCCACCGGAUCUUUACGACUUUGGACGGUGUCGUUCAGCCCAUUGUCGCAUGCGCAGACAUCGAGGCCGUGGCCGUCCCUCGCAUCAACGAAACCCUCGUGCCGUUCGCCGUCGUGCCAGUGGCGUCCCUGGUCACCCAAGCGGACAUCGAAGCCAAGCUGGAGCAAUUGUAUCACUAUCUUCGACGCGACGAUGUCACAGUGUCGGACAAACACAACGCCCUCGCGUACCUCUUUUCCAUUUCCACGUCGUCCAAGGUGGCCAACAUCAUUGUCAACUCGUCGCUGAUGACGUUGCUGGGAAAGUUGCUGGAGAAAUCGACGUCGUCGGCGCUGUCGUCUCGGCUGGGGCUCGUGCUGGGCUACGUGGUUCGGUACGCCACGUUCAUCGCGCCGGACGUCGUGGCUUCCCUCGCCCCGAUCUUGAUCCAAGCGAUGGACGUGGAAAACGUCCAAAUCACGCGGCGGGUCGUGGCGUGCAUGGGGGAGCUGGCGUUCUACAGUGUCACACAGCACCAGCCGCUAAGUUGUGCGCUGGUGCAGAGUCUCGUGCGGGUCUUGCAAGCCGACGACGUUAUUGUGCGGCACUAUGCGGUUCAAACUGUGGGCAACAUCCUGACGCAUUCCUCCGACGACUCGGACGUCGGGGUCGUGGACCCGUUUGUCACCCCCGCGGUCGCCUUGGCGCUCAUCGAAAAGAGUCUCCGAAACGCAUCGCCUCCCAACCUCCAAAUGGCCGCAAUGCUCACGCUAUCGCAGGUGCUCAAGCAUACGCUGUCGCAGGUGCUAAAUCACCACAACUUGGGUGGCAACGACGCGGUCUUCGGGCUCGUGGCUAGGAACUUGUCGAUUGUGUGGGACCACUUGUGGCUCGCCCGGGGAAGCCACCACUUCUACCGGUGGGCCAUCGCGUCGUUGAACGUGCUGAACGUGACGCUGCAGCACGCGGCCCAAGACACCCAGGCGUUUUUAGCUUCCAUCUGCAUCCCCGAUUCGUUCGACCAGUUAAGCCAGGUGUUGAGACGGCGAGAACACGAAGAAGACAGCAGCAUUGGUGGGGCGGACAGCCCGGCUGGAGGACGAUUCAAAGAGGGCGAGGCCAAGCUCACAAACCUCGUGCAAGGAAAACUGCUCUUGUUGGUGUACUUUGGCCUGCAACUCAGUCGCGACUUUGCAGUGUGCUUUGUCAACUCGGACCUGUUGCAUGCCGUGGACUCAAUUCUGUCUGCCAGACACCCCCACGCAAGUGCCGCGACGACAUCGUACGCGUUGCAAUCUGCCCACCAAGUCGUGACGCUAAGUGUCCGCAUAGCGUUGGAAGUGACGGCGUCGCUCAGCAAACGGGCCGACGUGCUGCCGUUGUUCGACGCGUUGCUUGGCAAGUUGCUGCACUACCCAGCCUGUCGCCAGGGGCUUGUCGACACGUUGCUGGACAAUGCCAACCACGAGUACGAGGGAUUUGUAGACGGUCUGGCCAACGUUGUGCAAACUCCCCACGCCACUUCGUCCGCGAUCAAAGCGCUUCUCGCUGUCUUGUCCAACCAAGACAUUGUCUGCGACGUGGUUGCGUUGAACCAAGUGUGGUUCCAGUCGGCGCUCGUCCAAGUGGCCCAGGUGGUGCUGCCAGACACGUCUAGCCCAGACGUGUUGGUCGAUGGCAUUCGUGUGAUAUCCAGUGCCCUCGACAUGUUUGCCCCAGCGCCGUACGUCGACGAGUUCGUCGUGCAUCACUUACUGCCCACGUUUCACGGCCUCUUGCACAGCAGCACCAACGACAGCGCACGCCGAUUCGCCGUCGAGUUGCUCUACAGCAUCGUCCUCCGCGACGUGGCGUUCGCGAGCAUCCUGCACCGGCUCGACCUAAUCGGUCCGGUGUUGAACCUCGUGAGUCACACCAUGAGCCCCAGCACGACCAAACUCGUUGUGCUCGUGGUGACUUCUCACGAAGUCCCCGUCGCCGCCUUGCUCGCCUUGGGGUUGCCUUCCAUCCUGUCGCAGGCGGUGCUAACUGUCGACAACCAUGCGCUGGUGGGUCCCACAGGGGACCUGCUCGAGGCCAUGUAUGCGCUGCUGUACGACCAGUAUAUUGCGAUGACCAAGGAAGAGGCGGCAUCGUCCUCCCCCGAUCCCACCCUUGCAUUGUAUGCGCAACACCUGCCUGUGUUUGUGCAGUGCCUUCCACGACUGGUGGACCUGUGUACCCAUUCGUCACAUGAUCAAGACGCGCAAACGUGUGUCGACUCGGCCUCUCGCUGCAUCUCCAUCCUGUGCCAGUUGUAUGGUGAUUUGGCAUGCAAUGCACUGCUUCCUCGUGUCGGCCUGCCGUCCCCUGCACUCAGUUCUCUCGUGAAUGUGGUGGUGGGUGGAGGGUACAAUUCUGCCGUUCGCCUGCGAUGUAUCCAAGGCCUCAAAGCAGCGCUGGCGUCUAGAAAUGAACCGCAGAAGGUACCUGCGCGACUCGUGCAAGCUCUGCGAACACUGGCUGCGUCAGCUACCAGCCCCACAGCGAGUAGCGAAGCACGAACGACUGCCAUGGUGGCUUUACAAAUAUGCCACAUGACAAGAGCAGAGUAACCUAAAUAUCAAGUGUCCAUUGUUUAGAGUG